CAGCCACUGCCCAGGCAGGCUCCCAACCUGGGCCUCAUCUACCACCAGCUUCUCGGGGAUCAUAGGCCUUUCUAGCCUCAGCUUCUUUGGGCCCUCUCUGUACCUGCGUCCCUUUCCUGAACCUCAGGCCUUCUUUAGGGGCCUGGGCCUCUUUUCUCCUAGACCUUCAGCUCCUCCACAAACAGGCCUCCACAGCUCCUGCCCUCCCUCUCAGGCCUCUCCCCUCACUAGCGCUUGGCCUGGUUGGGCCUCCUAGGCCAUUCUACCCUUUGCUCUGCUGCUCAUCCCUCCUAUGGAGAACCCAGGACUGACUGUGCAUGGGCAGGCUGCACCCUUUUCCACAGCGCUCCGAAGCCUUGUCAACAACUCCUGGUACAGCGACAUCUGCUUUGUGGUUGGUCGAGAACGGCAGGAGGUGUUUGCCCACCGGUGCUUGCUGGCCUGUAGAUGCAACUUCUUCCAGAGACUUUUGGGCACAGAGCCAGGCCCGGGGGUACCCAGUCCUGUGGUGUUAAGCACUGUGCCGGCUGAGGCCUUCUUAGCUGUGCUGGAGUUCCUGUAUACCAACAGUGUCAAGCUGCACCGCUGCUCUGUGUUGGAGGUGCUGACAGCAGCUGUGGAAUAUGGGCUGGAGGAACUUCGAGAGUUAUGCCUGGAGUUUGUGGUGAAGGUGCUGGAUGUGGAGUUGGUCUGUGAGGCCCUGCAGGUUGCUGUGACCUUUGGCCUGGGGCCGCUGCAGGAGCGGUGCAUAGCCUUCAUAGAGACUCACAGCCAGGAGGCGCUCCGCACCCGUGGCUUCCUGGAGCUGUCGGCCACUGCGCUGCUGCCCGUGCUACGCAGUGACAAGCUCUGCGUGGAUGAGGCUGAGCUGGUCAAGGCAGCCCGAAACUGGGCGCGCGUGGGCGCCGCGGUGUUGGAGCGACCGGUGGCCGAGGUGGCGGCUCCAGUGGUUCCAGAGCUGAGACUGGCCUUGCUGGCCCCGGCGGAGCUGAGCGCCCUGGAAGAGCAGAACCGACGGGAGCCGCUCAUCCCGGUGGAGCAAAUUGUGGAGGCGUGGAAGUGCCACGCCCUACGGAGAGGAGAUGCGGUCCGAGGCGCACCGUGCCGUCGGCGAAGGGGAACCCUGCCCCGGGAUCACCACCGUUUUCUGGACCUUCGUUUCAAAUGACCUACUUCCGGAACUUGGGAGGAAUUCGAUCGCAACCCAAACUACAGCUCCCGAGGUGCUCUGCGCUCGAAGCGGACUUCCGCCCUCAGCAAGCCCAGCCAGCCGGAUGUCGGAAGAACAGUUCUCAGUCUGGAGCAAUGCUUAAAGCCUCCGCCUAGAAGUAGGGGCGGGGCAGUGGGCACAAGGUUAGGGCCGACGCCCCGAGACCGGAAGCGAGGGUGGCCUUUCUUCCAUGAGCUCACACCGCAUCCUGCUGCCGGUCACUCCUCUGUGCCCUUCUAUUUGGAUACGCGGCUAUCUAUUUACCUCAUCGUCUUCAACAACAAAUCAGCUUCCUGGCUCCAGGCUCAGUGCGGAUUUGAGUUUCUCAUCUUUUCUCCCACUCUUCCGGCCCCGUAAAUAGUGCUUCUCAUUUCCGCGGGUCAGGAACUCGGAUCUCCUUCUUGCCUACCUCAUGCCUUCUCCCUUCUAAUAGCACUUUCGAGUUGGUUUAGUCUGCAGCCUCUCUUCUGCCAUUUCCCCAGCCAAUGGUCCCUCACUCCUUUCUCCCUCAGCGCACAGUGCAUCCCUGUGAUGGCUCCCCCGCUGCGACUGUCACUCCCCCCCCCCCCCCCCCCCCCCCCCCCCCCCCCCCGCUUCACGUUCUUAACUGCAUUACAGGGCAAGCUACUAAAGUUCCUGGAUAUUUAGCAGUUCUUAACUCCGAGUUUGGGAGUUCCAGAAUUAACUUUUUUGGCGGUGGUGGGGAGGGUGAGGGAUGGAUAAUCUCUUACUGUGUAACCCCCAGCUGGCCUAGAACUCACUAUGUAAGCCAGGCUAGCCUUGAAUUCACAGAGCUGCGACUGCCUCCCUGGUACAGAGAUUAAAGGCAUCAUGGACUAUUACUUCCAGUUUAAGAAAAAAAAAAUCUGGCCAGUGGUGGAACAUCCCUUUGAUUUUGAUCACAGCCUUUGAUCACAGUACUCGGAAGGCAGAGGCUGGCUGGCGGUUCUCUGAAUUUGAGGCCAUCCUGGUCUGCAGAGCGAGUACCAGGACAGCUAGAGCUACACAGAGAAACCCUGUCUCAAAAAAUGAGACAGGGUUUCUCUGUAACAGGCCUAGCUGUCCUGGAACUCGCUCUGUAAACAUCCACCUGUCUGCUGGGAUUAGAGGCGGGCACAAAACAAAAACCCCUUGAAGAGAUGGGAAAGAGCUGGGCGGUGGUUUUAAUUCCAGCACGGGAGGCAGAGCCAGGUGGAUCUCUGUGAGUUCGAGGCCAGCCUGGUCUACAGAGUGAGUUCCAGGACAGGCACGAAAACUACACAGAGAAACCCUGUCUCAAAGGGAAGAAAAAAAAAAAAAGAUAGAUGGGAAAGAAUCUUAACUCAUGCUCAGGCUGGUCUGGACAUACUGGGCUGAAACAGUUCUGUCUCAGCAUCCCCACCUUCAGUAGCUGGAACUACUAUUAUACAUUUCUCUCUCUCUCUCUCUCUCUCUCUCUCUCUCUCUCUAUAUAUAUAUAUAUAUAUAUAUAUAUAUAUAUAUAUAUAUAUAUAUAUAUAUAAUAUUUUUUUCCAAGAAAAACCACUACCGCCCGGCUCCCAGCAAAUAAUUUUAAAAGAGCUGUAAAGCAAGAUUUAAAAAUGAAGAACAGUGGACACUUUAAAAGGAAAUAAAAUUAUAAUCCUGACAUACAAAACUA